GUUGCUGCUGUCACCACUAUCACGUUUCCAGCAGUCUCCGCAUCUAGAAGUUUCCUGCUAACGUGCUAACAAAUUGUCCACAUCCGCCGUAAACCAAUGGCAACCGAAAGCCGUUUCCCCGAUAGCUUCAUUGAUGAUGAUCCACAGAAAGCUCUGGAGGCACUGAAUGAGGCCUUGCAAGGAGAUUCUGACAACGCUGAGUGGUUUUGCCAGCGUGCCUAUGCCCACAUACUUCUCAAAAACUACAGCUUUGCCGCUGAUGAUGCUAAGAAGGCACAGCAGCUCCAACCCAGCCUUCCUCUGGCUUUCAUGCGAACAGGAAUCGCAGAGUACCACCUGAACCACUAUGAGUCAGCACAUGCAGCCUUCACUCAGGGACACCAAGUAGAUGGUGGAGAUGAAGAUGAAGAAGACAGAUGCCAUCAGAUGGGAGAAGCUGGAGGGAGAAGGACAGGAGUCCAACAUCAAACACUUCAAUCCCACUCUGUACCCGACGUCGUCCCUCCACAGCUGCAAAUGGGACAAAGUGGUGGAAGACAUCAGCGAGGAGGAGAAGAACGAGAAGCUGGAGGGAGACGCUGCGCUCAACAAGCUCUUCCAGCAGAUCUACAGAGACGGCUCGGACGAGGUCAAGCGAGCCAUGAACAAGUCUUUCAUGGAGUCAGGCGGUACGGUCCUGAGCACCAACUGGAAAGACGUGGGCAAGAGAAAAGUGGACGUGAACCCACCGGACGACGUGGAGUUGAAGAAGUACUGAGCACCUCCCUGUCUCUCUCUAUCUCUCUCUAUCUCUCUCUCUCUCUCUCUCUCUCUCUCUCUCUCUCUCUCUCUCUCUCCUCACCCCUCUCUCCCCCCUUCCUCUCUCUCUCACUCUCUCUCUCUUUCUCUGUUUGACCUCACUGUUCUCUACUUUCGUUCACGCUGCUCUGCAGUCUCCAUGGCCGUCCACUUCCUCCUCCUCCUCCUCCUCUUCUUCUUCUUCCUUCUGGCCCCUCAGUUGUGUCACUGCUCUGGUGUUUUUCACUGCACCUAAGUGGAGGGAGGCACGGUGUUUCCAUGAUCACCACACCAAACCACACCUGCUCUCUGCGAUAGCUCACCGCCAGAUGGGGGUCUGAUCAUUCGAAUACCUGGUUGAACAGAUUGAUUUACAGUAUCUGAUUUUUUUUAAUUUUUUUUUUUCAAGGCCAAUGGACUCGAUGGGGAACUGAGGUCUGGAUAAAAUGUGACUGUCAGACCUGAAACGCUCCAAAUCAGCUUUCAAACUCUGAAAUCUGGUUUUUCAAACAUUCUUCUUCUUCUUCUUCUCUCCUCUGUCUCUCCUGGUUUUCUGAAAAUGCCAACAGCCUUUCUAUAUUGGGAAGCCUUUUAUGACUCUUUCUCAGCACUUGUAUACAAAUGUAAAAAUGUUAACAAUAAGAAAAGAGAUUGAGAUGUUUCAAUGAUAACUAUGAACGCAUCUUUUGGCUUAUUUUCAGUAGGAAUUCAGCAAUACUCUGCAAAACUGACUUGUCUGGAAUCUGUGUGACAUGUCCGCCAGUGGCUUGGCAGCGGUCGUCUCUUUAGUGUGAUUCAAGCUUCAGUGUAAAUAAAAAGAUUUGUCGUUUGG